CGCCAACCUGCAGGCGGGCGGGCGGGCGGCAGCAGCCCCGCCCGGCCUGGCCUCGCUCUGUGCAGGUCCGCGCCUCCGUCCCGGGCAGAGCCGCGAGCAACCGUGUCCCGCUGCUUCGGUCCUGGGCUGCAGCUUGCUGGCGGCGAGGGCAACACGCAGCGGCAUCUUGGAGCGCCUUCUUUCCCCUUUCAUCUCUCUCAGCCCACUCCUCUCUCGUACCUGCAGCCUUUUCUUCUCCCUCCACUCCUCCUACCUUGUGAUUUCUCCUUUUCUCCCCUUUCUUUUCCCGUUUUGUGGUUUUUUGGGGGCGAUUUUGCUUUGCCUCUCUUUCUUUUACCCCCAUCUUGUUCUUUUCUGGACCCUCUUCAUCUAGUGCUUCUUAAUUUCUUGAUUUCUUCUGAUUUUUUUCCUUGGACUUUGCCUUGUCAUGUCAAGAUGGAAGUCAGGCAUGACUGGCUCUCCUCAUCCCCCCAUGAGGGCUUCGAGCAGAUGAGGCUGAAGAGCAGACCCAGAGAGCCUUCCCCAAGCCUCACCAGAGUAGGUGCGAACUUCUACAGCACUGUCAAGCAGCAGGACUACAGUGCCAGUGUCUGGCUGAGGAGGAAAGACAAACUGGAGCACUCCCAGCAAAGAUGCAUUGUGAUCUUUGCACUGGUAUGCUGCUUUGCAAUUCUGGUUGCACUGAUAUUUUCGGCAGUGGAUAUUAUGGGAGAAGAUGAGGAUGGACUCUCAGAAAAGAACUGUCAAAAUAACUGUCGGGUUGCUCUUGUGGAAAAUAUUCCUGAAGGUAUCAACUAUUCAGACAGUGCACCAUCCCAUUUGUCUCUUUUCCAAGGCUGGAUGAAUUUGCUUAAUAUGGCUGAAAAGUCUGUUGACAUAGUAUCUUCCCAGUGGGACCUCAAUCACAGUCAUCCAUCAGCAUGCCAGGGUCAGCGUCUUUUUGAAAAAUUGCUUGAACUGGCAUCCCGAAAUAUUGAGAUAAAACUAGUGAGCGAUAUACUGCCUGUGGAAUCAAAGGUAUUAAACGACUUGAAAACAAAGGGUGCUGAAGUGUUGUAUAUGAACAUGUCAGCAUAUAAUGAAGGUCGGCUUCAGUCAUCUUUCUGGAUUGUUGAUAAACAGCACGUGUAUAUUGGAAGUGCCAGCCUAGACUGGAGAUCGCUGGGACAGAUGAAGGAACUUGGCGUCAUUGUAUACAACUGUAGCUGCCUGGUCCUGGAUUUACAAAGGAUAUUUGCCCUGUACAGCUCAUUAAGAUACAAGAAUAAAAUACCACCAAGUUGGUCUAAGAGACUAUAUGGAGUGUAUGAUACUCAAAAUAAACUGACACUGCAGCUGAACGAGACAAAAUCAGAAGCUUUUGUAUCGAAUUCACCUAAACUCUUCUGCCCAAAGGACAGAGUCCUGGAUAUUGAGGCUAUAUACAGUGUUAUUGAUGAUGCGAAACAGUUUAUAUACAUAGCUGUCAUGGACUACUUGCCGAUCGUCAUUGACACCAAUGCUAAACGGUACUGGCCAUAUUUAGAUGGGAAGAUAAGAGAAGCCUUAGUAUUACGAAGUAUUAAAGUACGACUUCUCAUAAGUUUCUCAAGAGACACAGAUCCCCUUACUUUUAACUUUGUUUCAUCUCUGAAAGCUAUUUGCACUGAAGUUCCAAGCUGUAGUUUGAAAGUUAAAUUCUUUGACCUUGAGGAAGAGAAUGCGUGCUUUCUUAAAGAACAGAAGAACACUUCCCUUCCCAAAUUAAAUCGUAACAAAUAUAUGGUGACUGAUGGAGCUGCAUACAUUGGUAAUUUUGAUUGGGUAGGCAAUGCUUUUACGCAGAAUGCUGGAGCUGGCCUUGUUAUCAACCAAGCAGACGCGGGGAACAGCACAAGCAUCAUUAAGCAACUCAAGGCUGUUUUUGAAAGGGACUGGUAUUCACAUUAUGCCAAAAGUUUACAACCAACAAAAAUCCCAAACUGCUUUAAUCACAAACUUAAUAAAGCAACAUCAAAUAAGACUGCCAUGAGCAAUGUGAACUAGAAAGACUAUUUUACUGUAUAGUAUGGCGAUGAAGAAUGAUGCUGGGGUAUAACCCUCUUUCUUUCAUAUUUACAGACAAAAGACUUAAAAAGCAAAAAAAAAAAGUUUGGUUGGGGGGGUGUUUUUAGGAAAAAGCACACUUACUUAUACAAAAACUGUCUAAACUAUAUUCUCUAUAUUGAAUUAUUUAAGAUUUUCAAGUUUGUAACUUCUGACACUGAAUGUCAUUUCUGCUUCCACAUUAAUUUUAAGGUUCCGUGGUUUGAUUUAACAGCAUGUGUCAAUUUUUCUGUUUCAGUUUUAGGACUUUCCCUAAUUGCCAACCUGGCUAGAAUGAACCGUGAGGCAAAACCAAGAUUCAUGCUAUGAAAUGGCAGAAUUCUCAGAUUAGUUAUUAUUGAUGUUCAAGUAGAUGGUAGGUUUACUGUAUUAGAAAAGAUAUGGGAAUAAGCCAACUUUCACCCAUACAAAUCACUCCCUUUAAAUAAAUAGCCAGUCACGCAAAUACUUCCUUUUUCGAGCAUUUAGUUUGAGUAUCACUCCUCCAUGUCUUCGAACUAGCCUUAAAACACAUGGGAGUUACACGACUGGUAAUUCAUUCAUCUCCUAAAUGUAUGAGAAGGUUUGAGGGAUUGGGGUUGGUCUCAUCAAAUUCAUCAUAAUUCUAAAGCCUCUCAGAUAUAUGGAUUUUUUUAAUCAUUGUAAUAUGGAUUCCUUUCAACAUGUUUCAUCUAACAAAAUUUCUCGAUUAAUAGUAUUAAUAGGAUAAUAUUAAAAGACUUAGGACUGAUUUCUUUUGUAAUCUCAAGAAAAUUUCUUCCCCAAGUUAAAUAUUUAUCACCUGAGAGUCAGCAGUUGUGUGAUGACUCAUUAUCACAUUAUGCAUAAUACAUAAAAUAUGAUACAAAAAUCAAAUACUGCUUUUUAGAAUGGUCAAGGCUUAUGCAAAAUCAUGCAAUAAUUGUUGUUAAAUGUCAUUUUGUUUGAUUUUACACCUCCUAACUUUUAUUUUAAAAAAAAUAAUCAUGAAAUGGCAUUUCUUGAUCAACUGUCAUCCAUACAGGUGUCAUCCAUGAGCACAAACAAAUGUGAUACCUUAUUUAGGCCACAGUUUCAGUUGGUGUUAACAGCGUGCCUCUACAAACAUAACUCAGUUGUACCAAGAAGCACCUCUUCCAUGAAAAGUGUAAAUUUGCUCUUUUUUAAAAGGAAAAAAAAAAAUUGCAUUACAUGUUUGACAAUGAUUUUUUUCUCUAGUCAGAGCUGUAAGAAAGAACUUCGUUUCAUAAUAAAAACGUUUCAUUACUAUCCCUCUGCUUCUGUUGAAGAAAUACAGCCAUGAAAGCAAACUGUUCUGCAGGUUUUAAAAUAUUCACAGAACUUUCCCCAAAAUGCAGACUUUUCUCACCUGGCUGUAUGUUACUGAAGGCACAGUUUGAAAGCAGAAGAAAGAUAAGGAAAACAACCAUAUCCCAAGGUACUACUUUAAUCUUAAAAACAAGUUAAAAACCGUGACUUUCAUAACACCGGUUUCAUUUACAAGGUCACAGAAAGUUCAAAUUUAUUUUAAAGGAAGCACAGCUUAGGAAAUUCUAAUGCGGUAACACAGGCACAACUUCAAAUAGCCAGCUAGAGACACACCACAAAACCAGUUAUGAUCGCAAAAGGCACACUUUUGACAAAGAAUGAUUAUUUCUUUUGCAGUUGCCAAGAUUUACAUCAUCUUACUGAAAAUAGUUACAUAAAAAUUAAAGUUGUCAACUUUUACAGAACAGAUUCUGCACAGCUCUACUGCUCAGUAGCGUUUUCUAAUACUCAGAUACACACAUGCUGUUUAUUACCUCCCCCCCCACAGAAAAGCAUAUACUCUUGACAUUCAUAUAAGAAGGGAAGAUCUUUGUGAAGAAUGAUUUCUGUAUUUUCUUCUUUCUGUAUAUAAUUUAGAAUAUGUACAACAAGUAUGGGAGAGCAAUCCCCAGCACUUAAUUUACUUGGUGGGGGUUUUCUGUUUUGUUUAAGUAACAAGUAUUAAUCCAUAUUGAAUUCUGGUGAAAAUUUCAACCAAGUUAUACCACCAAUGAAUUUAGUCUUGAGUCAAAGUUAAAGAAUACCAAAUCAAACAAACAAAAACACACCACAUCUUUAGAAGCCAGUUAUUUAUAAAGCUUCUAAUAUCCCCAGGCAUGGGUGAUCUUAAAGCUUGAUAUAAACUUACUUAAUACUUGGUCCUUACAUAAGAUACAAAAACACCCCAAGCAAACAAGAAAACCCCCACUGUCCAGCACUGUUAAUUCUAGCACCUGAUGGCAGCAACAUACAGGCAUGAUUCAGUGUAUUUUUUCCCUCUUGCAUUAUGGAUACUAGAAAUCUGUUAAGUGUUUUAAGACAUCUUGUAAUAUGGAGGUAAUAAUGGAAGAUCUGAGCGGAACAGAACUCUUGUCAGAUGAUGAAGCUAAACCGUCUGUUUACAAAGCAGGAUUUAGUGAUGAAAUCAGACUGAAGUUACAACUGACCUUCCAUUUAGUAUAUCAAAUGAAUGGAUCAGAUGUAGUAGUUUUACUGGACAGAUGCUAGGGAAAUACAAUCAUGAAUGUUAACCAGAUCCAUUAGUUUACAAGUGUAUUCUUACUGGCCUUCUAAACAAAUACUGGUGCUUCAACGACACCCCCAAAAGCAAUGAUAUGUGAAAACACAUUUUAAAAGUGCAGUUUGUUGAGGUUUUAUGAACAGAAAAGUUUUGGGGUUUUUUUUUUUAAGCAACUCUUGAUGUGAAAUAGCAGUCAGCCAUCCUACAUACAGACUGGCAGACUCAAGUUUCACAUAUUUUACUAACUGUUUAGAAUGGCAGCAGCUCCAAAGUAGUACAGAAGGCUUUGGUCUGUUACCUUAGCCAAAAGACAAAGUGCAUCCUUGGACUUCAACAAGUAGGAAAUAAUUAAAAAAAUAUCAGAUUCUUUUUUGAAGUUGUUUAAGGGGAUUAUACUCAAUUAUUUGUUUUGGGUUAGCACUGUUACUGUUUGACUAAAUUUGCUGUAGCAGCCUCAAUUUUGGCUUCAGAUCCUUUUACCAUUGUAAAUAAAUCUGGAGCAAAUCCAUUACAGUCCUUGCACAUGGGUUUGGCACGGAUCAGAAUCUAGACCAGUUUCCUCUUGCUUUAACUCUCCUGAGUACCACCGUUGCAUGGGCUAUUUCUAAACUUAGGAAUUUGCAUUCAGUGGUUUCUCACAGACCUCACGUGCAUAAUCCAGAAGAUGCACUUUCUCUAACCCCCUUCUAACUGGCAUUGGUAUCUCUGUCAUAUUAAAGUCAAUUUCCUAAACAGAAUGGCUUUAUUCUUAAAGAAUACAGACUGUAAUUGUUGUUUGCUGCAAACAUUUACUAGUGCCUUAUUCAUACAAACUUUUGUUUAACUGCUCCUCACAUGAAGUCCUGCUAAAGAUGUAUCUAGUGUUGAGGCAUACAGUGACCUUUGUGAGACUACAUAUUGUGAUGUUUACAGGUUAGUAACAAAAACUAGAGUCACAAAAAGACAAAAACUGAAUGUGAGAUGUUGGUCCAAACCACAAGCACAUCUAAAUUUGAACAUUUUUAUCCAAGCCCAGUUCUACAACUGAAUUUCACAAAGUACUCCUGUCUUCAUUAUCAACUAAUCCACAACACAGUUGAUUUAUUCUGUCCUGUCAAGGUGUGAAAAUAAAUAAAAUCUGCAUUUCCCCAACACCUGGCUGAUACCAAAAGCAUAACCACAGAAAUUCCUGUAGGCAGAGGAUGAAGUAAGUCCAAAAAUCAUGCAGUGGUUACUUUACAAUUCUUGCAUGUUAACUCUCAAGUUGCUUUGGGCUGGCUACCACUUUUUUCUGCCUGAAUCAUGAACUAGUAUCUACAACUACUCUCACCUUCUCUCCCAAGGCCAGAAAAGCAUGGAUUAUGUGCCAUGGCACAACAGCUAUAGCUGUACACUAAGAGGAACAGAUUUUUGUCCGAUUUCUCUUCUUUACUUUCUCAUCGAGAUAGUAAAGACAUCAGCUGGCUAUUCCAGUUCUUCAAACUGAAAUACUUUAUAAAUAUCCCCAUCUUGAGUAUCAUGUGCUUGACUCCUGAGAAUGGCCUUAUAGAGUGUGCUAAGUUAUCUUAAAACCAUUUUGGACUUCAAAAUUAACUCCUCAUUUUAAUACAAAAAUACUGACUACAUGUAUAGUAUGUUUCCAGAUAGUGAUUUUUGGCAUUGUGUUUUAAUUCCACUCUUAUCCCUUCUCUACAUAUAUAUUAAUAUAUUUUUUUUUUAAUCACUGUUAAUCCAAUUCAGACUAUGUAAAAAAAAAAACAAAAACCAGAAUGAAUCCUUGGUGUAUUUACAAUUCACGAUACCUCCUGAGUUGAAGGCACCAGUAAACAUAUUCCACUUGUAACACUGCAGAGUAUAGUAGCUCAACUGAUACUGUAGGGCAAUUAUUUUUCUUAGCUGUAGUUUUUGACUUAAAUUACUGCUGGAUGUUAUUUAUGAAUUUCUCAGUGUUGAAUCAGGUUGCUCUUGCAUCAUCACUUUGCACAAAUGCCUUAGAAGCUUGCCAGACUAGCAUGUAAAAGAAACCUCAUUCAAAAUAGUUUAGACAAGAAAAGAACUCAUACUUUACACUCUGAUGCUGAAGGCAGUAGAUGAACUCCAGUCUUAUAAUACAGUGGAGCUUUCUAUUGCACCUCCUGUUUGGAUUAGCCCUGCAUGGGCUUCAAAGAAAAUGUCUGUGAGAAUUGUAUGUUUGAAUAAUCUUGAGAUCAGGCAUUUACAGAGAAUCCGACUGAAGAAUCCAGCUGCACUGAGCAGGUUCAACGCAGUAACUUAAAGUGGGUUUUCAUGAAAACACAUUUCUAUUCCAUAUUCAUAUGCUACAACUGCAUUAACACACUAAGGUUAGGUUUUCCAUAAAAUUCAAAAUACACACAGGACAAAAAUCACACUACUGUGAAUUACUCUGCUAUAAUCAAUGGCAUCGGGUCUUUUGUUCACAACAAAUUCUACAUUGCAGUUUUACAGGAAGAUCUUUUAAUAAAUCUUUUUAGUCCUGUAAAAUGAACAUGGCAGUUUUCCCUUUAAGAAGAGAAAUAAGGUUGAUGGCUGAUUCAGGCUACAGAAUAGAACAUAAUAUAAUAAAAUGGCUGACAAUUGUAGCAUUCCAGAGGAUUGUUCUGUGCUCUUUUACAUUGCAUGGUGACAAACAUGAAUAAUAAUACAAACUACAUGUAUCACGACAGUGUUGAGUGAGCAUCUGGGGGAAAAGCAUCUCACAUAGUAAUAUUCACCCCUCCUGUAACAGUAUAAAACAUAGUAAGGGUAGAGAGGAAGGGGCAAAAAUAGCUACAGAGGCAAACCAACCUGAAUUAGACUGAGUUAAUGGACUGGGUGCUGGCCUAAAAGCUCUGGGCUACAUUCUCAUUUUGUUUCUCUGCCUGGAAAAGCCUGUAUUUCUUAUGCAUUCACCUUGCUUUUCUUUAUAGAAGUGAACUCCCAUGAUUGUUUUCAGAAUGGGGAGAGAACCUUUGACAACUACAAACUUAAGAGAAAGAAAUCAGCAUGAAUAAAAGCCCAUCAAUUUCUAUGUAGCAGAUACUGAGAAGUAAAGCAGCAUUUGAAAUGGGGCUCUUCCUUGUACAUUAGCACUUUCUAGUGUUAUAUAAGUAAGGAUUUACAACAUAGCACACGCCUGUAAAUUUCACACCACAUACAGCAUUUGCAUAUGUUCUCUCAAUAUACAGUCAAAUCAGGUAGAUACCAUUCUGAACUCCUAAUAAAUUGGUGAAAACUAAGCAAAAGUAUCAGGCAAUCAAAUUUGACAAAGUAAUCACACAAAUAAAAUAAAAAAAUUCUGCCCUCCCCCUGUGCUAUUAUAUAAAGUUCAUAAAUUACUUAGGAGCUGCAAUUAUUUUCAAACAUAACUUUGAGGGAUUUAAUGGGGAUUUUAAUUGGGAAAGAAUCUUUACACUAAAGAUUAAAGGCACUGUCUAAGCAAGAGAGCAUGUAACAAACUGACCAGCUCUUCAAAUUGAAGUGUGUGGAACAACGUUUUAUUGACUGACUUGCUAAUAAAUGUUUUCAAGUAGAUUUGCCCAGUAUAAAAUUACUCCACAUCAUUAUUCCUUUUUCGUAGUUUUUCAAAUGACACUGUACCUGUAUUCAAUGUUGUUUUUGAAAUUUGACAGAAAAGCAGGAGGCUUCUGGAAGUGACAGCUGUUUCUUUCUAAAUGUCACAGGACUGUUCUGCUCUCACUUGUCCUCUCACUGUCUCCUGCUUCUUCAGACAGCCAGUGGAGGUUUUCACUUGUCACUGCCUGCCAAGUAAAGAAAACAAAAUAUUUUUAGUUAUCUGCUGCUUCUGAAAACUGCUGGCUGCUCAGCACGCUUUUGUCCUUUGAGAGAUCCCCCACCUAAUGUGAUAUUAGAGAAAGCAUAAUAAAGGAGGUCAAACACAUAAUUCCAUGGUCCUCAUAUAGUUCCUCACCUGGAGAAACACAUGUGCAAAAUCUGGAAGAAAAAGAAGGGUGGUGAGAAUGUCUGGCAAACUUUAAAUGAAGUAGAGGUUCUUCUGGUGGCUUCAUUUUAGUCUUGUGUAAACCACUCUUUACCAUACAACCAGAUGCGUAAUGACUAAAAUGUGCAGCUAACUUUAGCGUGAAAAGGUGAGAGGUCAAAUACCCCUUAUCUUUAGGAACCACAUCAAUUUCUUCACUUUCUAAGUGGUGUGAAAGAGGCAGGUAAAAAUGGAGAAGUCACUGUCUCCUCUUUUCAAGGAAUAGCCCAGGUUGCUACUAGAAAUAGAGCUGAUAAAGUUUCAAAAUGAAAAGCAAAGAUCUUACGCAUCCAACUUCUUUAUUAAUUCUCAAAAGGUGGUGCACAGCUGACAUACCUGUGGGAACUCAAGGCUCAGAACUUAGCACCAACUUCUUUGUGGCAAACUGUCAGGUUUCUCAGGACAGCUCCUUUUCCUCUGUCUCACUAUACUCAAGACAGCUGUGACAUCUGCUUUUAACAAGCUCCAGAUUCUUCAAAGACAUUUCCAAACGAGAUUAUAACAAUUUUCCCUGGGGAAAGAAUGAAAGAUUCAGUGAAGGACCCAAAGAACCUAGUACAAAUACUAAAAUGCAUAAGAAAUCAGGACCAAAACCAGAACACACUCUCAUUUUUGCCAACGUUAAUUAAAAAGGAAUUGGAAAAAGAAUGAGAGGCCAGUGCAGUGCCUCAGGUUAAUGAAGUUGAAAUUUAUAAACCAAAACACUGUUAAGUUUGUGGACAGUCCCCACAUCUAAACUGCUGUGAACCACUAGCUUUGAUACAUGGUACAAAGGUUUCAGCAUUCAAAGUCUUAUGUCCAUGUAUACAGCCUAAAAGGCAGGCAAAAAAAAUGGGGUUCUGUAUUUAUAGAGAACCUACUGCCAAAUAAUCAUUUAAAAAAAAAAAAAAAAAAAAAAAAGAAAAAUCACUUCUCACAGCAU